CUUUUACUGAGCCAUUCGUUAUACCCUGGGUUACAAAGAAAUUCCCCCCACCCCUGCAAGAUAGCUUUUCCCCCCUAACAUCUCACCCAUCCCCCCUCACUUGUGUCACCUUUUUUCUUCACCUCCGCCGCUGUCUGGGUAUUUUGAUCUCGUCCCCGCUCCAAAAUGGCUGAUGGUCUUGGAGCUGUUGCGCAGCUCCUUGAGGCAAGCUUGGAUCCAAGGCAAAACAAGCAAGCCAGCCGAACUUGCUCUUCGCCAGGAGGAAAAAAAACCAGGCUAUUCGUUGCAGCUUCUCCAGAUCACGGCCUCGGCGUCCUAUCCUUACAACACCCGUCUUGCUAGCGCAUUAUGUUUCAAGAACUUUAUCAAGCGGAACUGGACUGAUGAAGACGGAAACUAUAAGCUCCAACAGGAGGAGGUCGCUACCAUUAAGCAGGAGCUGAUCAGCCUGAUGAUUUCCGUCCCAACGGGUAUUCAGACUCAGCUGGGAGAAGCUGUUAGUGUUAUCGCCGAUAGUGAUUUCUGGGAGAGAUGGGAUACACUUGUGGAUGAUCUCGUCUCCAGACUCCAGCCGAGCAACCCCGCUGUCAACAACGGUGUCCUACAGGUCGCACACUCGAUUUUCAAGAGAUGGAGACCUCUUUUCCGAUCGGAUGAACUAUACAGAGAAAUUAAUCACGUCCUCGAAAGAUUUGGCAGCCCAUUCUUGGCUCUGUUCGAGGGAUUGGAUGCCUACCUUGAGGAGAAUAAAUCCAACAAGGACAAUCUUGUUCUGGGAUUCACCCAACUCAAUUUGAUGAUCAAAUUGAUGUAUGACCUCUCUUGCCACGAUCUUCCUCCGAUGUUCGAAGAAAAUAUUUCAGGGAUAGCCACACUUAUGCUCAAAUAUCUGACCUACGAUAACCAACUCUUGCACACUGAUGAUGAUACCGAAGCCGGACAGCUGGAAUACGCCCGUGCGGGGAUUUUCCAAGUUCUGACAUUGUACGUGCAGAAGUACAUGGACGAGUUCCAACCUCACGUCGGACAAUUCGUGGAAAGCUCGUGGAGCUUCUUGACCCUCAUCGGUCAGGAGACCAAAUACGACAUCUUGGUCAGCAGGGCUUUACAGUUCUUGACCUCGAUUGCGGGCAUGACCGAGCACGCAUUUGUCUUCCAAGCUGAAGACACCCUUGGACAAAUCAUUGAAAAGGUCAUUCUGCCGAACGUCAGCCUGCGUGAGUCGGAUGAGGAGCUUUUCGAGGAUGAGCCGAUUGAAUUCAUUCGCCGCGAUCUUGAAGGGUCCGAUAGCGAUACUAGACGGCGCGCCGCCACUGACUUCCUAAGACGGCUUGCCGAGCGGUUUGAGGACUCCGUGACCAGAGUUGUGCUCAAAUACACCGAGCAUUACCUUUCCGAAUACGCCAAGGCCCCUGCCGCGAACUGGAAGGCCAAGGACACUGCAACCUAUCUCUUCUCUGCAAUUGCGGCCAAGGGAACUGCUACUUCCAGUCACGGUGUCACUGCUACGAACAAGCUCAUUAGCAUUACCGAUUUCUUCCAGAAACACCUUGCUGCGGAUUUGGUCACCGAUGAUGGCGUACACCCUAUCCUUAAGGUCGACGCCAUCAAGUACCUGUAUCUUUUCCGGAGCAUCAUCACGAAGGAACAGUGGCAGGAGGUCCUUCCCAUGUUGGUCAAGCACCUUGGGUCCUCGGAGUAUGUCGUUUACAGUUACGCGGCCAUUGCCGUCGAGCGUGUCCUCUACCUUACCGAUAGCCAAGGCCAACCGAUCAUCUCGCCCGCCACUAUCACUCCCCUGUCCAAGGACUUGUUGGAACAUAUUUUCUCUCUGAUCCAAAAGGACCCGGCUCCUCAGAAGGUACAGGAGAACGAGUUCCUCAUGAGAUGUGCUAUGAGAGUCAUGAUCGUCAUCAAGGAAAACGUGGUCCCGCAUACCGACAGUGUCCUUCAGCAUCUGAUCAACAUCACGAAAGUCAUCAGCACCAACCCAAGCAACCCCAGAUUCUACUACUUCCACUUCGAAGCCCUGGGAGCAUUUAUCCGGUUUGCCGCCCCUGCUAACCCCGAAAAGCUGGAGCAAGCUCUUUAUCCUCCGUUCGCAGAGAUUCUGCAGGGAGAUGUGCAAGAGUUCAUGCCUUACAUCUUCCAACUGUUUGCCGCACUUCUUGAGGCUAACCCCUCGGGAACAUUGCCGGACUAUUAUCAGAACUUGAUUGCCCCGAUUCUCAUGCCUGUCAUGUGGGAGUCCAAGGGCAACAUUCCCGCGCUUGUGCGGCUUUUGUCGAGCAUCAUUGGCCGCGGAUCUCACUACAUUAUCCAGAACGAGCAGAUUGUUCCCAUUCUUGGUAUCUUCCAGAAGUUGCUUUCAACCAAAGCCAAUGAAGGCUACGGAUUCGACCUUCUCGAGUCGGUGGUUGCAAGCUUCCCUCCGGCAACACUGGAGCAGUACUUCGUGUCAAUCUUGCAGGUCAUUCUCACCCGUCUCCAAAACUCCAAGACGGAAACUCUUACCCUUCGAUUUGUUCGUUUCUAUCACUUCGUUUCCGCGCAAGACGACAAGGGUUACAGUGCCGACUUUAUCAUCCAGGUGAUCGAUAAAGUCCAGCCAGAGCUUUUCACUCCCAUCUAUCUUAACAUCAUCCUCCCGGAAACACAGAAGCUUGCUCGCCCGUUGGACCGCAAGACCGCCGUGCUGUCAUUCACCAAGACUCUGGCUAACUCCGAAGCCUUUGCGAGCCGGUACAAGAAGGGAUGGGGCUUUACUUGUGAGGCUCUGCUCAAGCUGUUGGAGCUUCCUCCUCUGCCUGCUAGCAAGGACGACAUCAUCGCCGAGCACGAUGUCGAAGAUAUGGCUUUUGGAGUUGGUUUCACGGCACUGAACACUGUGCGGCCACAGACCAGGGACCCGUGGCCCGACACGGGGGCCGACCUGAAGGCCUGGACUGGCAAGUAUUUGAAGGAAGCAGACAAGCAGAACGGCCGUAUUUCUGGGUUCGUCCAGGAGCGUCUUGGAGCCGAGGCUAAGACAGUGCUGCUUAGCUACAUCGCAUGAACAGGCUAAUGGGGUCGCUCGCGCUAUUUACCGGGGUGUAACAUUUCCUGUGCCAAAUAACUUGUCCCUAUCGGGCUGUCUGCAUGUUGAAAAAGAAACAUGGAGAAAGUGUUGGUUAUUUCCAACCACUCCAUUGCAUGUCCUUAUGAAUUAAAUUAGAUGAUCUUU